AUGAAUGAGAAUACAUCAGAAAAGCUCGGAACUUUGGUUAGUGAUGGUGGAGGAGAAACAGUGAAUGUAUACAUAUGGGACAUGGACGAGACUCUUAUCUUGCUUAGAUCUCUGCUAAAUGGGACCUAUGCUGAGUCUUUUAACGGCUCUAAAGAUGUAAAGAGAGGUAUAGAGAUUGGGGAGAUGUGGGAGAAACACAUACUUAACAUCUCUGACGAUUCUUUCUUCUACGAGCAAAUUGAGGAUUGCAACGAGCCAUUUAUUGAUUCAUUGAGACAGUACGAUGACGGAAAGGAUCUUUCUCAGUAUGACUUCAAACAAGACGACUUUACUACUCCUAGUGACGACUUGAGCAAGAGGAAACUUGCUUACAGGCAUCGAGCUGUUGCGCAGAAGUAUGAAAAGGGUUUGCGACCUUUGAUUGACAGUGAAACGAUGAGUGUAUUGGAUGAGUUGUAUCAUGUAACUGAUGAAUACACAGAACGGUGGCUUUCUUCAGCAAGGGCCUUCUUGGAGCAGUGUUCAUGUGUGAAAGGAGAGUCUAAUGAUGGAACAAGUUCAAUAGAUCAAAGCUCUAAGGAUAUACAUAUUCUAGUGACUUCCGGAGCACUCAUACCGAGCCUCGUCAAGUGCCUGCUUUUCCGGCUAGAUACAUUCAUAAGACAUGAAAAUGUGUACAGUUCAAUAGAUGUGGGGAAGCUCCAAUGUUUCAAAUGGAUCAAGGAGCGAUUCAACAAUCCGAGUUUCAGAUUCUGUGCGAUCGGGGACGGAUGGGAAGAGUGUGCAGCGGCGCAGGCAAUGCAAUGGCCAUUCGUUAAGAUCGAUUUGCAGCCGGAAAGCUCCCACAGAUUCCCUGGAGUAACUCCAAAGACUGUGAGCUACUACUUUGCUGCUGUAUAUGAGAACUCUGAUGCUGAUACCAACAAAGAGUAA